AGAAACAUUUAAAAGAGAAUCGUAUUCGUAUUCAUCUUAUCAGCGUUGUUUACAUUUGCACUACAUAACGAUGCAAGCAACCAGUGAAGAAAUAAAUCAAACCAACUGAUAAUGCUCCCGAGCAGACGAAAUUAUUAAUCGUCUGAAUAGCUCCGAUUAAGCUGAGUGGGAUUCACCGAGUCUUUUUUUUUUUGGUUGCCAUUAACACAUGGUGUAAACACAACUAGUGAUUAUAACUUACAAAUAAAGCGUUUCCAUUUCAUACGUAGUCAGUGAUGGUGUACACGCCGUGUAGAGAAGUUUGAUUUUUUAAGUGACCAUAAUAACAAGAUGCAUUUUGCUAUCGGAAGUGUGAUCGUGCUGUUCGUUGUCUGUGUUGAGAUUGAUUCGAACGUAACUGGUUAUGGUUAUGAAAUGAUCAGCAACCGUCUUAAUUCACUGCAAGGCAUCGAAUCGGAUCUGCUUACCUACACAAACGAUACGGUACAGCAGCUUACGAAAAUGGUACAAUUGAUGACGCGACUUCAGACGAACCCAGGCAAUACCAACCAGGGUCCUUCCACACCGGUAGCGGUUGGUGCGUCCUGUCGAGAUGUUCCGUCCAGUGUGUCCGGUAUUUAUCGUAUCGAUCCGGACUAUCCCUUCCACGAACCGAUGACGGUACUGUGCGAUCAGCAGUACGAAGGUGGCGGUUGGACCGUGAUCCAGCAGCGUACGGAUGGUUCGGUGAAUUUCUUCCGUGACUGGAAAGACUACAAGCACGGUUUCGGUACACUGCGCGGUGAGUUCUGGUUGGGUUUGGAACAGAUCCAUCGCUUAACGAACGUGGCACCGCACGAACUUGCCGUGCUGUUGGAAGAUUUUGACGGCGUGAAAGCGGAAGCCAGGUAUCAAAGAUUUCGAAUUGCGGCGGAAACCCUUAACUACGCCAUAACGGAACUGGGUAAUUGUAACCCGUGUGGUGCUGGUGAUGCGAUGCGUAUACAUCUGAACGAAAGCUUCUCAACGUACGAUCAUGAUAAGAGCAAGGCAGCGUUCAACUGUGCCGCCGUGUUCAAAGGUGGUUGGUGGUUUUAUCGAUGCCAUCGGUGUCACCUGAAUGGAGAUUACCUGCGAGGGAAGUUAACCGAAGCCCAGGACUCACAAGGCCUCAUGUGGAUGGAAUUCCGAGGGGACAAGUAUUCACUCAAGAAAACGAAGAUGAUGAUUCGACCCAUCAAGUGAUAGAAGAGUGGCCGUGGAUUAUGUAUGAUAAGAAGUUUAAUGUAUUGAAUGCAUUCGUUGCAUGGUUGAUGUCAA